AUGGCAGACCAAGACGACAUGUUGUCGAGAAUCAUUGGGGCAUCUGCCACGCGCGACGUCGUGCCCCGGCCCAAUGAGACGUAUGUCAUCCUCGACCGCGCCUCCGGGGCUGCCCUUGCCAUUUGCGAGGGCGAGCUCCGCCUCGAAAGGGACCUGACCAAGGCGGGUAACUGCUACUGGCGGUCCGUCGAAAAGGACGGCUGGAUGGGCUUUCGCGAGACGCAGCUGGGGAGGUACCUGGGGCACGACUUUUGGUGGAAGUUCAGGGCGGACAAGACGGAGCACAGCGACUACGGCUACUUUGUGCCCAGAAGGCUUGCUGACGGGGGGUACGUGCUGCUGGCGCCGAGCCUGGGGAAGUUGCUGCAGCUUGUUGCUGGGAAGAAUGGUGAGUUGGGGGCCGCGGAGAAGGGCGGCACGGCGUGGGAGUUUAUCAGGGUCGAUACGGACCAAGAGGAGGAGGAGCCGGACGACGAUGACGAGGCGGAAGAGGUGGACGACGAGGAGGAAGACGCGGACGAGGUGGACGAGGAGGAAGGUAAUGCAGAGGAGGAGGAAGACGCGGACGAGGACGAGGAGGAAGGUAAUGCAGAGGAGGAGAAGGACAAGGAGCGCGAGACGGAGGAGAAGGAGAGGGAGUGA